GUCAUGUUUUGAGUUGUGGGAGUGUGUUUAAUUUGAAUAUUGUGAUCGACAGUGCGGUGAUGUAUGAACGGCUUUCGCUUAUAAAUUAUUUAAUUAUUCUUUGCUGACAUUACUGCGAUUAGCACAUUCCUUUGUGAUAAUCGCAUUUUCAUUCCUGCCAACUUUAUUUCUCAGUUAUGAUGAAUAUGUAAACAGUCCGGCGGUAGGUUCACCCAGACCGGGGCUCAUUGACAAGGAUGCUUUUGGUUGGACACUGAUUCAUUUUGAUUGGGACACUUGUGGAUUCUUUAGGGAGAAAAACAGAGUUAUUCCAGCAUGUCCCGGAGGAAACAGGCUAAGCCACAUUAUGUUCUCAUCGAUCACACAAUGGAGAAUGACCCCACUCCAAACUGCGAUCUCUAUAUCUGUGAACAAUGCUGCGCUGAAUUUUCCAGUACAACAGACCUAAACCAACAUCAGAAAGACUGUUCAAAAGAUCAAUUAGUGGUAAUAGUUAGUGAAAACGAAAGCCUAUAUUCUCCACCUUCUGGCCUCAAAAUUGAUUCACCAUUCUUCAACAAUGAGGAGAAUUUGGAUGGAUUGACAAGAAAUGAACAUAUAGAAGAACCUUGUGACUUUUGUGAUGAUGGAAUAUCAGUGGAAGCUGACAAAUACUUACACACUUUUAAAAACAGCAGUCAUGAUAAUGAAAAACAUCAUUAUGCUGAUGGCUUUAGCUCAGAAUUCUCAACUAUACUACCUCAAGAGAAUACCUUACUUGAGUUAUGUAAAUUAUCAGCCAUUAAUAGCAAUGUCUUCAUUGAGAACCUAGAAAACACCAAAGUUGCUGUUGCUCAGUUCUCACAUGAAACAAGUUUAAAUCUAAAGACAAGAUGCAGAAACGCCAGCAACAGCAAAAUGGCCGCCUCUGGUUUGAUUGAGCAGCUGUUAACACUGCAGGAACAGCAGGAGCAGCAGUUAAAACUAAUUGAAGGAAUUCAAUGCCAAAUAAUGCUAUUAGCAACCCAAAAUUCUGAUACACCUGUGGCCACAAAUACCUACAAUGGUCUGUCUCAAACCAGUUCACUGAUAAAACUUAGCUCACACAUCUCUGAACAACUCACAGCAGCUGCUGGGCUAGUAGAAAACAUAGCUGCUAAUGUUAAACCGUAUAAACAUGUUAUUUCACAAAACAACCAAGGUGGCUUAAAGGGCGAUAAAGGAAACUUCCAAAUGACGGAUGAAAACAGAGGCAACCAAUCAAAGGUUGGUAGAUAUCUGUGUAGUAAUCAGUCUUUGAAUGACAACACAGUCAGUGAUACGGCUGAUGGCACAGCUCAUUUAAAAAAUCCUGCACAAUCUCCUACUUCAAUUACAGAUGUGAUUCUAAACAAACUUGAAUUGCCCCAUAAACCAAACAUCUUUAAUAUUUCUGAAAACUCAUUGCCUAGUAUUGGUGCAAUUGUGGAGGACCUGAAUGCUUUGACUGCCCUAGCCCAGCAUAGGAAAGCCAAACCCCUCAAUGUAAGUGUAUGUGAACACAAGAGACCAUCUGAAGAUUGUAUAUUCAAGCACAAAUGCAGGUUCUGUGCCAAAGUAUUUGGAAGUGAUAGUGCUUUGCAAAUACACCUGCGUUCUCACACUGGAGAGCGACCCUACAAAUGUAACAUAUGUGGAAGUCGGUUUUCCACCCGUGGGAAUCUCAAAGUCCACUUCCAACGUCACAAGGAGAAGUAUCCUAGCAUACUAAUGAAUCCUUGUCCGGUUCCAGAGCAUUUAGAUAAUGUCCCAACCAGCACAGGUAUCCCAUAUGGCAUGUCUCUGCCUCCUGAGAAGCCUGCUCUUACCUGGUUGGAAAGUAAACCUUUAAUGGGUAACUCACUUGGCUUUAGACUGCCACCAUCUUUUCCAAGUCUUCCACCCAUCAUUAAAAAAGAGGAGGAAGGGAUAUCAAUAACUAAACAUAGUCCUGUUGUCAAUGAGGUGUCUGAGAGAAGUAAUGGACAUCAAGAGGGAUUUGGUUGUAGCCCUCCUCUAAUUUCAAAUGAGAAAUUACAAGAGGUUACACAACCCUUGAGUGUUGCUAACUUACUAAGCUCCUCAUGGGAGGGUUCAAGAGACGACAUUGCUAUUAAUACCUUGGACAAUACAACCUUAAUAACCAAGCUAAAACCGGAGCAGAUUGAAACCAGAUUUCUUUUUGGAGGUCUUCCAAAUCCUCCUGGGGCAUCUGAGACUUCACAGCUGGAGCAGUUAGUGGAGAACAUUGACAAGAAGUCUACUGACCCCAAUGAGUGUGGAAUCUGCCACCGGGUUCUUAGCUGUCAAAGUGCCCUUAAAAUGCAUUUCCGCACCCAUACCGGAGAAAGGCCAUUCAAAUGCAGAGUGUGUGGACGGGCGUUUACAACCAAGGGCAAUCUCAAGACACACUACAGCAUUCAUCGUUCCAUGACACCUCUUAGAAUACAUCAUUCAUGCCCAAUAUGUCAAGAAAAGUUUACAAAUGCAAUGGUUCUACAGCAGCAUAUCCACAUGCAUAUGGGUGGUCACAUUCCUAAUGUCCCAUUGCAUGAUAGCUUUGCAGAAACCAUGGAUCAGGAUGCUGACUCUGUAGAUGGUAGGACCUUGGGAGAGGAUACCUUGUCCAGUGAGAACAUGGAUGUUAUGGAAGGUGAAUCCGAUUCAAAAUACCCAGCCUCUUUACCGGACAGCCUAUGUUCUUCCCCUGCUUCUUUUGAGUUUGCCACAGUAACUGGGUCAGAGAGUCAGAUUGCAGUUUCGAAUGUGGAAACUUUGUUAAAUGUCGAUAAAUUGACUUUGGGGAAUGGAUCAGUGGAUGGAGACUGCUCAACCCUGAGAUUAUCUUCACUAGAUAGUGACAAUGAGAGUGUAAGGAGAGGGAUUUCCUCCAUCACUCAGAUGACACCCUCCUGGAACCCAUCUUCCACCAAUGGCUCUGCUUAUGAAAAGCAAGGAUACACUACAAUGGACAGAAAUUUGAAAUCUGCUGAAUCAAAAAUCUCAAACCUACAGCCAAAUCUUACAGUAUCUAGAUUACUUGAUGGAACAUCUAGAGAUACACCAAAAGAUAGCUUGACUAUGAUUUUUCCAUUUAAUGAGCAUGGAUCCCAAAAAAGCAAUGUUUGUGAUAUAUGCAACAAGACAUUUGCCUGUCAAAGCGCUCUGGAUAUUCAUUAUCGAAGUCACACCAAAGAGCGACCAUUCAUCUGCACUUCAUGCAACAGAGGGUUCUCAACCAAAGGUAACCUUAAACAGCACAUGCUUACCCACCAGAUGGAAGAGUUACCUUCACAAUUGAUUCAGCCAGCAAAUCAGAUCCUGAUUUUUCCAACAAACCAGUUUCUACCCUCCAUGGAACCAGUUAAUCCCUCAAAAAGGAUUGACCACAAUGGGUUCAUCAAAAAAGAUCCUAAAGAUUCACACACAGGUAUAGUAAGCUCAACAGCUUCCACAUUGCCUGUACUUUCUACACCAAAAUUAACAGCAACACCACUUCGGCGAACAGCUAAACAGCACUUCUGUCACAUUUGUGGGAAGACCUUCUCUUCUUCGAGUGCGCUACAAAUUCAUGAAAGAACCCACACUGGUGAGAAACCCUUUGCCUGCAACAUAUGUGGACGUGCAUUUACCACUAAAGGAAAUUUGAAGGUUCAUAUGGGAACUCACAUGUGGAGCAGUUCUCCAGCUAGACGAGGUCGCAGACUUUCUGUUGAUGGUCCAUUCCUUAGAUCCAAUUCCGAGCAAUUUCAGGAAUCUUCCUCAAAAGAUGUUGUGGGUAAAGUGGAUAACGGAAAUUCCUUAGGCCUCUGGAGCCAAUAUACCUCUCUCGCUAGUGGUUUGGUUGCAAGGACAAAUGAAACACCUGUAAUUCAAAAUGGUGUCAUACCUCGCCUGUCGAUUUCUGCUGGGCAACUGGAAAACAUAGAAAAAUUGCAACUCAACAGAGCUUUACCUUGGCUUGAGAGAUUGAGUGAAAAUGUUGCAACCUUUCAUUUCCGACAGUUGGCAGAAGACAAUAAAACAACAGCGACAAAUUGAAUUUUGUCUUUCAGGGUGCAAACCUGUACAUUCAAAUGUGAUGCAAUUUCAUAUGCAUGUUGAUUCUUUUAGCAUUUUUGUACGUGUACCCUAUGUAGUGACAUUAAGACAAAUUCUAUUGUUUCUUAGUUAGGACAGAUAUUCAAAACUGAAGUAGUGUUGAUUGUAUUUUAUAAAUUAAUUUGAUGCUUUUUGUUGUUUUGCUGAGGAACAUUCUAAGUAUUCUUAAUAUGCAGCUAUUAUCUUUUAUUUUACAAUUAAGUAUUUUGUUUUAUUAUUAACUGAAGGUAUUUAUCCAGUACAUUUGCUAAACUCGUUAUAGGAUUUGUAAUGAGGUACAUUUGUUUCAUUUAAUGGAUAAAUGAAUCCCUAUUUCUUAUCAGAAACUACUUAUCAGUCAGUGUUUCUCAAUAUUAUAUUUUGUGCUUGAAUUAUGUGUUCUUUCAUACGUACAGUAUUUAGAUUGUAAAUGUAAACACUAAACCUUGCUAAAACUAUUUAUUUUUACCCUUUAAAAAAUACUCUCUACUUGUAUACUGUUACAUUGGAGGAACUGUUAUGUAUGACCUUAUUUUAUGUUGUGGCAUCAUGUCUUGUAUAUUAUGGCAACUGCAUAAGUUCUCAAAGCCAUUUUCCAUUUCAACUGUCUUUGCAUUUGGCUUAUACAAAGCAUGAAUCAUUUCAUUUCAAAGGAGUGUGCUUUUGUAAUUUUACUUAAAGUCGUACCAUAUGAGUGUGUAUACCUUCAAGCAAGUCUCCUAUUUCAUUGAUUCACCUUUAACUAAGAAAUUAAUCUUUCCCUACUUCCACACAAGCAGAAUUCAUGCCCUUUCUCUAAUGAUAAAAAAUCAAGGUCACCUUGUCCUCUGCAUUUACAUUUCAAUAAACUUACC